AUGAAGUCCUGCGAUGAAAGCAAAAAAAGUGAUGUGCCCCUUUUGGAUAUCACAGUAGCAGAAACCGUGGAUGUUGGUACUAACAAAGUCCUAGAGAGUCCUCAUGUGAGCGAAGGACCUGGCCGAAUUGCCAACAGCCCAGUUCCUUCCAUCUUUGUUGACGAUCGUGGAGAAAUUCAUCGAUUGCGAGUCGGCGGCAAGCGGAUCAAUAUGCUAUUCAGCAAGAAGGAUGUCAUGAGAUCAGGCUACCUGCACAAUCACAAGACAUUUGGCUUUGUCAUCAGUGGCAAGGUCGAAGUCUGGUUACUGCAAAAAGAAGGAACCAAAAAGACAGUCUAUGAAGCUGGCGAAUUCUUUACUGUGGACAGCUUUUUCCCUCACAUCCUACACUUCUUGGAAGAUACCAUCAUUUUGGAAUUCUGGGAGGGCAAGUUUCAAUGCUGGUAUUAUCACCCCUAUCGACGACUGGUCCAACUGCAAAAUGAACUGGUGGCAAAUUGUGGAAACAAGGAUGAUGUAUCAAGUAGCAUUGGACAACUUCAGCGGCUUGUACCAGCUGAUCUCGGCGAAGCCACCAAAACGACAACUGCUGGAGCCAUCUUGUGGCUGGGUACAGGGAUGGUAGUGGGGGCCGUGGCAGCCACUGCAAGUCUUUUGUUUCUGGCUGGCAAUGCCAAGCAUCAUCGCAAUUGA